CCCUCACGGCCGGGGGCGGGAGGGUCCCGUCGGUGUCCUCAGGUCAGCGAUCCGCACCGGCAUCACACUAACCCUGACCCGCUCUCUGUCCGCCUCGGGCAUCCUCCUCGCCCSGUGCCCGCUGCUCCCGGCGCGUGUGGAGCCUUCCUGAGGGCUCGUCACCGCCUCGGGGCGCUGAGGUGGCUUUGCCCUCGAGUGAUGCACRGAAUGACAGGAAUGGAGAGUGAAACGGAGAGAGACAAAGCCAUGGAAGAAGAAACCACUGAGCAGAAAAAGGAAAGAGAGAAGAAGAAGAGGUCAAGAGUUAAACAGGUGCUGGCAGAUAUAGCCAAGCAAGUGGAUUUCUGGUUUGGUGAUGUUAACCUCCACAAAGACAGAUUUCUUCGAGAACAAAUCGAGAAGUCCAGAGAUGGGUAUGUUGAUAUAUCACUUCUUGUUUCUUUCAACAAAAUGAAAAAAUUGACUACUGAUGGGAAGCUGAUYGCUCGAGCAGUUAAAAGUUCAUCUGUUGUAGAGYUGGACUUGGAAGGAACCAGGAUCAGGAGACGGCAGCCUCUGGGUGAGCGCCCGAAGGACGUGGACAGUCGGACUGUCUAUGUGGAGCUGCUUCCCAAAAAUGUCAAUCACAGUUGGAUYGAGCGGGUGUUUGGGAAGUGUGGCAAUGUAGUUUACAUCAGUAUCCCCCGGUAUAGAAGUACUGGUGAUCCAAAGGGCUUUGCUUUUGUUGAAUUUGAAACUAAAGAACAAGCAGAGAAAGCCAUUGAGUUUUUGAAUAAUCCACCAGAAGAAGCACCACGGAAACCKGGGAUUUUCCCCAAAACAGUGAAGAAUAAACCAGUUCCUACACUGAAUUCAAGUGAUAACACUGUAGUAGAGAAGAAAAAGAAGAAAAAAAAGAAAUCCAAAAUCAAGAAAGACAGCAAUGCACAGGCAGCUGCAGAGCCAAAGGAAUCAAGCACAAACACUACAACAGAGCCAGUACCCAAGUCUAAAAGACAAAGGACUCCAUCAGAGUGUUCUGAGAUGGAGGGAACUGAGACUCCCAAGCAGCCCUCAAAAAGGGAGAAAAGGAAAUGGGACAGAGCAGAAAGCUCAGAGGUAACCUGGGAAAGCAGGCCAGGAAARAGAAAACGAGCCAGCUCAGGAGAUGGUGAAGCAUCAGCUCCAAAAGUCAAGAAAACUGCUGAAAAAGAUGAAGUUGAAACACUCAAAGAAGAAACAACCGAAGAAGCUCCAAAAGAUUCCAAUGAUGUUGAAGUUUCUGCAGAGGAAGAUAAAGACAAAAAAGACACAUCCCUUUCCAAAUCUAAAAGGAAACACAAGAAAAAACACAAAGAACGACACAAAAUGGGUGAAGAGGUGAUUCCACUCAGAGUACUCUCCAAGACCGAAUGGAUGGAUUUGAAGCAAGAAUAUUUGGCCCUGCAGAAAGCCAGUAUGGCCUCCUUGAAAAAAACGAUGUCUCAAAUUAAACCCGAGCCCGUGGGAGAGAUGGAAACAGAAUCUGGUGUGCAGAAAUCUGAAAAUGACAAAACCACCAGUGAAGAUUGUGCCCCUCCCGCCAAGGCCAACACAAUGGGGCCUCAGUUCGUCAGCGGAGUAAUUGUGAAGAUCAUUAGCACCGAGCCCCUGCCGGGCAGGAAGCAGAUCAAGGAUGCUCUGGCAGUGCUGGCUGAGGUGGCUUAUGUUGACAUGCUGGAGGGAGACACCGAAUGCCACGUCCGUUUUAAGACUCCUGAGGAUGCACAGAUUGUUAUGAGAUCACACAAAGAGAUACAGAUCAAAAACAACUGGAAAUUUGAAGUUCUCACUGGUGACAAUGAACAGCGUUACUGGCAGAAGAUUUUAGUGGACAGACAAGCUAAGCUGAACCARCCUCGGGAAAAGAAACGGGGUACUGAGAAGCUGAUUGCCAAAGCUGAAAGGAUGCGACUGGAGAAGACUCAACAGUCGAGCAAACACAUUCGAUUCACUGAUGACAACUAACCAGGGUUGAUGGUGAGCAGGGAAGUGAACUGUAGGUAUUCCAAACAAAAACAACCAAAAGCAGCCCUCACAACCACCAUGCUUACAGCAACUAAAACUGGGCCCUUGGAUCCAUAACUCUGCAGACUGCAAGUGUGAAGAUUGGUUCWAAAUCCCAUUUUUAAUAGGCUGAAUGUUUACUGCUUCUGAGCCCUUAGGUAAAGCUUUUUGGA